GCGGGCGGCGCGCGCAUGCGCGGGGCGCGGGGCCCGGCGGCGGACGGGAAUUAAAAUGGAAGAUGAGGAGGUCGCGGAGAGCUGGGAGGAGGCGGCCGACAGCGGGGAAAUAGACAGACGGUUGGAAAAGAAGCUGAAGAUCACACAGAAGGAAAGCAGAAAGUCCAAAUCUCCUCCCAAAGUGCCGAUCGUGAUCCAGGACGACAGCCUCCCCGCGGGGCCCCCGCCCCAGAUCCGCAUCCUCAAGCGGCCCACGAGCAACGGCGUGCUCAGCAGCCCUCACUCGGCCAGCCGCCCCGCCUUCCCCGUCAAAUCGCUGGCCCAGCGCGAGGCCGAGUACGCCGAGGCCAGGAAACGCAUCCUGGGCAGCGCCAGCCCCGAGGAGGAGCAGGAGAAACCCAUCCUGGACAGGCCGCCGCGGAUCUCGCAGCCCGAGGACAGCCGGCAGCCCAACAACGUGCUCCGGCAGCCGCUGGGCCCCGAUGGCUCGCAGGGCUUCAAGCAGCGCAGAUAGAGGCGGAGGCGCCGUCCCGCCGGCACGGACACACGGACCCGGGCCAGGGCACCUCCCGGGCUGAUUUGCACUGUGACCCUUCUGCUCUGCCCACUGUGACCUUCAGCCCCACGCACUGUGACCUCCCCUCUCCACCCACUGUGAGCGGCCGUCCCGGCCCGGCAGGGCUGUCCCCGCGGCCGGGGGACACGAGGGGCCGUGCCGGACUCGGCCGGGCGCAGGGAGUCGUGCGUGUCCCGCUCGGGUCGGAGCAAGCGCCAGCAAUAACGUUUGUUGUACUCCAAACCUGGCAUUUAAGGGAAAAAAAAAAAAAAAAAAAAAAGAUGGGAAGCCUCCCCACCUCCCCAGCCACGCAUGUUGUCCUCAUCACUUCCAGAACGAGUUCUGUUUCCGAGGAUUUUAGGUUCCUUUAUUUGGUUUUCUGUUUGUUUUCUGUAUCUUGGAUUGGCGGAGUGCGUGGGAAGGGUUGGAGCCGUUUGUUUGAAUCCAGAAGGGCAGCUGAGUGUUACGAAGGGAAUUCCCAUGGAUUUCCAUGAAUGUGAUGCCUUUGGGAUGACAAGCUCAUGCUUUUCCUUCUCCAUUUCUCCAUUUCCACUGCCAUGGAAGCGAACUCCUGGAUACCCCCAGGUACCUCGGAGUCAGACCCAGUUCACACCUUGCUCCUGUUAAAGCUUGGCUCCGAUUCCCUGCUGGCUUUGAGGAGAAGCUUAAAAUACAUCCUUUUUGGGUUCUUUUGUGUUUGGGGAGAAGGGAAUGCAGAGUGAGCCCGUGCAAAUGCCUGCUGCCCGGCCACAGAGGGCUGGGCAGUGAAGAAUUAGGGAGAUGUGAGGAGGAGGAGGAGGAGGAGAGGCUCCGGCGCCGCUGCAGCCGUGACAUCGGGCAGUGGGAUAUCCCGAGGGCCGGCCCGGCGGCGCAGGGACGGUACGAGCUCUCCUGGAACGGCAGAACCAGGAACCAGACCAGCCCUGGGGAAAGCCUGGAUGAUCCCCCAUCUCCCUGGAGGCUUCAGGGAAGGGAUUGUCCUGCUCAGGUUCCUGAGAGGAGAACGGGGAGGCUGCUGCUGCCCAGGAAUAUGGAGAUGUUCCCCCCUGGAUGAAGCUGAGGAUCACUUGAGAUAUCAAAGGAUUGGAUGAACACUAAAUGCUUUUCCUGGAGGGACCAGGACCUGGAGGUCUGGGACGGAUUCCUGCAUCCGGAUGCUGCCUUCAGUAGGUUCGAGGGGGAACGAGCCAGUCUGGAUGUGCACGAAAAGCCCUGUGUGGAAUUGAGGCUGAAAUCCCACAGAAACGGGAAAAUAGAAACUACCUGUGUAUCCAAGCGAUCCCGGGAACCUUAAUGAGCUCCUCGGUUCAGGGUGGGGGGAGAUUCCCCCGGGAUUUUUGGGGGAUCUCACUCAUCCCCCUCAGCCUGGGGGCUGGGAUGAGCUCCGAGCGGGAGCGUGAGGGAGAAGGACGUCAGCAAUAACUGUACUCACUGCGCCUUUCCUUAAUUAUUCCUAAAAAGAUAGCCUCAAAAUAGCCAAAAACCUCCCGAAUCCACCGGAUUUCCGGAGCGGCCGGUGGGGCGCCGCAUCGCUGCCUCCUCCGUGUCCGGCACCGAAAUUUCCACCUCCGGCACCGAAAUCCCCUUUUCCAGCACUGAAAUCUCCUUCUCCGGCUGCUCCUGCUCCAUCCCGGUGCCGGGACACGGUGCCGGGACACGGUGCCAGGACACGGUGCCGGGACACGGUGCCCAGGACACGUCCCGCCCGCGGGCAGGGCUCGGCGGCGUUCCUGUGGGAAGCGCCUUCAUCCCGAGGAGGAGGAGGAUGGAGCGGCACCGUGGGUUUAUCCCCCACCCCCUCCCCAAAAAAAAAAUAAACCUGCGCCGGAAAGAAAACGUUUUAUAAAUUGUAUUUUAAAUAAAUGUCUUUAAACUUU